UAUGCCCUAGAUUUAAGAUGGAUAAAACUGUGCCUUAUCCAUUUCCCUCUCCUUUCGUCCUUCUCCAUCAGAGCACUGCAUGAUGAUGAGGAAAGAGCAGUGAGUUCAAUCCAUUGAUUUGAAUACUGAACUGAACAACAGUAGCAAUGGCAGCACCAUUUCGUGUUAUAUAUUUCCCAUCCUCCCUUCUUCACCUCUCUUACAGUUACACCCAUCAAUGCCCAUCACAGGCACAUCAUCCUAACAGCACUUCUCUUCCUUCACUCUCCACAUCCCAUCUUCUCUCGCAAACUAUACAUCCCAAAAGACCCAAUUUUUAUCUGUUUCACAUGGCCUCUUCAGCCCAAGCCCAACCCAUUAUUCAAGAAUUUACCCCAGAAGAACAAGAAUCGGAAAUGGUACAAGAUGAUGAUGUUUCUAAUACAAGAUUGCUCGCGCAGAAUGUUCCAUGGACUUGCACAGCUGAUGAUCUUCGUCCUCUGUUUGAGCAGUAUGGUACCGUUGUUGAGAUUGAGCUUUCAAUGUAUGACAAGACCAGAAACAGGGGCCUAGCUUUUGUAACAAUGGGUUCACAUGAGGAAGCUUUAGCUGCUAUUACCAAUCUCGAAUCUUAUGUAAGCAUCUUAAAGUUAAAGAAAUUCCAGAAAAUCUGAUUGAUGUAUUAAUAUCUGA